GAGUGUGACUGUCCGCGCGCGGGAGAGAGAGAGAGAGAGAGAGAGAGAGAGAGAGAGAGAGAGAGCGAGCGAGAGGGAGGGGGGGCGGAGGGACGCAGUGUGGGCGGAGGAGGGAGAGGCGCAGAGGGAGGGGGCCGCAGCCUCGCAGCAUCACAGCAUCGCCCUUCUUUCUCACGACGCCUGCUGCAAACAAGGGCGACGGCAGUCUGUUUCACACACACACACCGCGCGCGCGCGCACACAUACGCACGCACGCUGCGCACACAGACACACACCGCACAGACAGAGCGCAGGGCGGACGGAGACACCGCUGCGGGGACCAGAGCGGAGCGGCGGAGGCUGAGAGGGGACCGGGGCUCGGGUACCACAGCAUCCCUUCACGAUGGACAGAAUGAGUCGUCUCUCCUUUCUCCUCCUGUGUUUCACUUUGGUCGCCUAUGGCAACAAAGCCAACAAACACAAGCCAUGGAUUGAGACGGAGUACCAGGGCAUCGUGAUGGAGAACGACAACACCGUGCUGCUGAACCCGCCUCUCUUUGCCCUGGACAAGGAUGCACCUUUACACUAUGCAGGGGAGAUCUGCGGGUUCAGGGUUCACAGCGGGACUGCGGGCUCGGGGGCGCCCCAGUUUGAGGCCGUCGUUCUGGACAGGUCCACCGGUGAAGGCCUGGUCCGCUCCAAAGAGCCACUGGACUGCGAGAGCCAGCGGGAGCACAGCUUCACCAUCCAGGCCUACGACUGCGGCGAGGGACCUGAUGGGGUCAACAGCAAGAAGUCGCACAAAGCCACGGUGCACGUGCGCGUCAACGACGUGAACGAGUUCUCGCCCGUCUUCGUGGAGCGGCGGUACGAGGCGUCGGUUCCCGAAGGCCGCCUCUUCGAUCGCAUCGUGAGGGUGGAGGCGUUGGAUGCCGACUGCUCCCCCCAGUACAGCCAGAUCUGCUUUUACGACAUCAUCACUCCCAACGUGCCCUUCGCCAUCGACAACGACGGGAACAUUAAAAACACGGAGCCCCUGGACUCGAAGCGCCAGCGCGUCCAUAGCUUCUGGGUGACGGCGUUCGACUGCGGCAAGAACCGAGCGCAGGCUGACGCCCAGGUCAUAGUGACGGUGAAGCCCUCCUGCAAGCCCGGCUGGAUCGGAUGGUCGAAGCGUGUGGAGUACACCCCUGGGUCGGGCAGCAUCCCCCUGUUCCCCAGCCUGCACCUGGAGACCUGCGAGGAGACGGUCUGGAACAUUCAGGCCACCGUAGAGCUGCAGACGGGACACAUCGGCAAAGGCUGCGACCGUGACAGCUACUCCGACAGAUCUGUGCGCAGGCUCUGCGGUGCAGUGAGGGGGGAGGUGGACUUGCUGCCGCCCCCGUCUCCGGCGGCCAAUUGGACGUCGGCUCUGCCCACCCUCCCUUCGUCUGAUUCAUCGCUCGUGUUCUCUUUCAAUGGCUCGAGCCACGUUGCCGUGGUGCCCGAUUCGGUGGCUGCUGCAGUGUCUGGGGACCACUUCACCCUCCAAUUAUGGAUGCGAAGGGGAGGAGCCAAUACGCAGCCGGCGCCCAAUCAGGUCCGAGGGAACCGCAGGGAGGAGGAGUACAUCGUCUGCAGCACCGUCAGGAACGAUGACUCCUACUCUCACUAUUCUCUGUCGGUACACGGCUGUCGCCUGUCCCUGUUUUACUGGCCCGACGUUGCCGCUGCUCGUCCUGUCAAGUUCCUCUGGAAACUGGAGCAGGUGUGUGACAGCGAGUGGCAUCACCUCUCCCUCAGCGUCCAGUUCCCAUCCGUCACCUUGUACGUGGAUGGCGUGACCUUCGACCCGGCGCUUAUUCACGACAGCGGCGCCGUCCCAAACCCUGCCCCACGGCAGCGUUUGGUCAUCGGCGCGUGCUGGGGUAAUUCCCGAUCAGAUGCUUUCACAAACUGGCCAUACGUUAACGUUGGGAGGUAUGUGGGGGGAUACCGUGGCCUGUUGUCGGGGGUGACCGUGCGCCCGGGGAGCGUGGAGCCACACAGCGUCGUGGAGUGCCUGUACGCCUGCAGGGAGGGGCUUGACUUUGGGGACCUGGAGACACUGGGAUCGGGAAUGAAGGUGCACGUGAACCCCAGUCAGUCCGUGCUGGUGCUCGAAGGCGACGACAUCGAGAGCUUCAACCGAGCCGUGCAGCAGGUCACCUACAGGAACUCCCUCCGCUUCGCCACACCUGGAGUUCGCCCUCUCAAACUCACCACCUCCCUCAGGUGCUUCAGCGAGGAGGGCUGUUUGUCUCUCAAGCCACUGGAGGGCUACCUGGUGGUCCUGCAGCCCGAUGCCCCUCAGAUUUCCCUAUCCGGGGUGGGCCCCCAUCUGGCCCGGCCGGCCCCCGAGUUUGAGGGACCCAGGGGCGUUCCCCUGUUCCCAGAGCUCAGGAUUGUGUGUUCGCUGUCCCAUGCGGUAAAUACUGCAGCGCAAGGCAUGGAGGGAGGGGCGCUCAUGUCCGAUGCGGUAGCCCACACUUUGGAUGGCUGUGAAGUUCAACCUCUUGGAGAAGAGCUAAACCCUGAGCGGGAGGAACUUCUGGUUGACAUGGAAUCGUUGCGAGAAAAGGGGUUGGACAUCAUCAACACAACGGCUUAUAUCGCCAUUACAGGAGCCGAAUCCAUCUCGGUGUACGAGGACAUUCUCCGGUCCAUCCGCUACCGGCUCGCCAAAGGCUCGGCCCGCUUCGAGAGGCGAUUCCGUCUCUCUUGCUCCGAGAUGAAUGGUCGCUACACCAGCAACGAGCUCACUCUUGAGGUGAAUUUCCUUCAUUCUCUGGACAGCCUGUAUCACCCCUCACACCUCCUGGCUUCGCAACAGCAAUUCCUGCACCCGUCUCACCACUCUGGAGAGCUGGGUGGACACACACUGCCCAGUCCACACCGUAACUCAGUGGUACCAGGAGCUGCCACGGUGAUCAUCAUGGUGUGUGUCGGGUUCUUGGUUGUCAUGGUGAUCCUGGGCGUGUUCCGAAUUCGCUCCAUCCACCGCCGGGGCGACGGGACCCGGAAUGGGGCGAAGGAAGGCAGCGGUCAAUGGGACGACUCUGCUCUGACCAUCAUUGUGAACCCCAUGGAGUCAUACGAGUCCCGAAUGGGUGCGACUGUAGACACCGAGGGGGAAGGGGAGGAGGACGAGGAAGGGGUUGACUCACCUGGUGAUGCCAGCGAUGACCAGCGAAUCAUCAUCAAAAAGGAGGGGAGAGACAGUGCUCCCCGGCGUUACUGAGCCAGCGGCUGGGUCUGGAGGCACGUACACCGUGGAACAUCACAGCUGUAAAGGCAUUCGAACCCAAGGCCCUACACAUUUGUAAAUCACUGCGGAAAUGUCUGUAGAAUGUAUACUCACAAACACUACACACGACUCACACCUCACUCAAAGAGAACGCCAUCCGCAGCAAGCCAGUGCAUUCAGACAUUGUUUACAAAAUAUUUGACCGAGUUGUUACCUACCCACUGUAGCAGUGAACACCUGACUAAACAGGAUAGCCAUGUAUUUGUCACACAAAUAACCACCUUUAGUCUUUUAAGACAGAACUCCGAAAACAUAACGCACCAUAUUAAUACAUAGAAAACAACAAAGGGUAAUUAUUGCACCGCGUCACCGUUUAGUGAGACAUGGUUCUGAACCACGGGAAAUAACAGUACAGCACAUACAGCACCUUGAAACGCAACGCAACACACCACGUGAACUGAGAGACUAUUCAGAUUAGGCCUUUAUGCACUAACCCAGGUACUUCUUUCCUGAGGACUGAGUCGUCCUCUGUGCCAUACAACCUCUCUACACAUUCCUUCCCUGUAAAACGUAACGCGUACAGAGGCUGAUGACGAUUUAACGCAAAGAGCUGCUGUGCUGGGUGCGACUUAUCGACUGGCACAACCGGCACCGCGCAAACGCUACACACAGAGCACCACACUGCACAGUCUGCAGAGCUGAACGGCACUCGCGACACGACCUGCUUGCCACCCCCACCAUCCCCCCCCGGCCCCUUCCCACACCCUCAUACCACAAUGGCCCUGCUUUAUCCAGAAUGUCAGCUCAGCUUGGGCAUCUUUGAUUGUAUUGAAAUUUCUGUAAAUACAAAUUAUUAUUAUUGUUAUUAUUAUUAUUACAAGCUUCAGUUUUCCAGUUGUGCCUGCAAAAUGGACGCAAUUUGAUAUCGAUGAUUUCCUUCACUGUUAUUAAUUAUACCUUAUUAUUUGAAGUUCUUGCUCUAAAGUUGCAGCCACAAUUAUAAUAACAGUAAUAAUGAUAAUAAUGAUUAGCUUGUUAAGUGUCAAUUAAUUUGUGUGUUGAUCUCUGUAAUUUAAAAAAAAAAAGUGUUAAUAUUGGGAUCACAGUGAACUGGAAGGCACAUUGUCGUGAAAAUUAGUAUUCUCUCCUUUUCCUCACGCACUUGGUCUUUAUAUCUCAAUUGCUCCUCUGUGCUCUCCCAUCCCUCUUUCCCUCGGACCCUCUGUUCUUCGCUGUCUUCUUUCUUCUCUUUGCUCUCCACUCGCUCUCCUUUGUUCUUUGUCUCGUUGCCCCCGCUUUCGUUCUCAUCCUUCCCUUUUCUCCUGUCUCCUUCUCUAGCUCUCCGUCCAUGUGUUAGUGUACAGUGAUAAAACUGUCAGUAAACAAAGCCUGUUGUUUUUAAGUGUAACAUUAAGAAUUAUACAAUUGCAUUGAUGAUAACUUAUUAUUACUAUGGUUAUUAUUGGACAUUAACUGUAAUUAUUGAUACAGUAAUGAUUGUGACAUGGAUUAUUAUGACCAGUCAUCAUUGAGAACUGUCAAAAAAAAAACUACACAAAUUCAUAAUAAAACAUUAGGAUGACGUCA